AUGACAGUGACACGAGAGCAGUCAUAUAUCUCUGUAUGCAGGGAACUAAAUGACCUCCCUCUUCGCCAGGUUCAAGAGGCCUUGAAGUAUGGCGAUGCAAGGCUUGAUGUCAGCGGAAUUUACUUACCACGGAAGCACUUUCGCUGCGUACUGCAAUUUAUCGAGGAGCGCCCCGACAUCGAAGAGCUAAUCUUGGAUGGCGUGAACAUAGGUGUGGAGGAGGUGAAGCUACUGAAAGAGUCACUGCUGCGCUCUUGCGUGUCAAAGCUGAGUCUGCAGCGGAUAAAGCUGGACUCUGCAAGCGCGAAAAUUAUUCGUCAACUUUGCAUUGAAAAUUCGAACUUAGUGUCUGUUGUACUGAGAGAGACGUGCAUCCCUUCUUAUCUAGUCGAUGAAAUUAUGCUGAUUGUUGAUUUGAAUCGGUUGAACGCGGAAUCGUCGAGCUCCACGUCUACUGCGGAGGCGCAACAGAAGGCCUCGGGUGUGGGACGGUGGAUUCUUUUCAGGGGAAGAAAGGACCGUGACUUUUGUGGGACUGUGAAGCUAUCAACUAGUGUGACGAGAAAAGUUGUCGACGGUUUUGUUACAUCAUACGACUCUGUUUUUAGUGAUAUCUCUUUUCAACAAGACGCUUUCAAUCAUCCUGUUGCAGGGACGGAAGCAAUUCGAUUGAAUAGAUACUCUGCAUUGCACUCCUUUCAGGAAGCUAAGCUGGGAAAUUCCAAAGCUCCUUUCUCGCCAUCGCCUUAUUACAACAACCAGAAUUUGUGCGCUGCUUUGAAUGUUCUCACUUUUUACAACGCCCUUUGCAAGUCGUUGGUUGUAAAACGAUACGAUAAGGCGGGGCUGUACGUGUUUCGCCUUUUUGCCGGCGGAUCACCUGUUGAGGUGUACGUUGACGAUUUAGUUCCAUGCAUUCACGUAGAUGCGACAUGCACCAUUGUAGGUUUGAAUUCGUGCAGUAGCCCGUUUUACGCCGCGGUCCUUGAGAAGGCUGUUGCAAAAGCAAUAGGUGGUUAUCGCUACAUCCAAGAACUAUCGUUACGUGACUGCAUCGAGCUCCUUACAGGUUGCACAGCUUUCGAAGUGAAUUUAUUGAGGCGAUCAUCGUUUUCUACCACUUUCGACACGCUACGAGCCCUGAGCGAGUAUGGACACAAACUGGUCGCGUGCGCCAUCCCGCGUACCUCGAUUGAGGAACAAACGUUCGAAGAGAGCGGGGUGUGGUGCGGAAUUCCGUACGCCAUUUUGAAAACGGAUGUUUGCCGAAAAAAAGGUAUUCACUAUGUUUUUUUGAUUCAGGUGGCUGCCCCGUCGAAUGGAAGGGCCCUGAAGUACGCGUUUGAGUAUGAGAUGUACAAGACCGAAGAGGUAAAUGGGAACUGUGUUUUGUGGGUGACGUUUGAAGACUUUGCUGCUACGUUUGAGCGCCUUUUUCUUCUUCUGUGGCCUUUCGACGACGCUGUAUCGGAUCAUAAAAAUACUGUGGAGUUUCAAGUGGCGAGCGAGUCUUUGUCUGCGUCUUCUCAAUUCGCUAAGAACCCCAGUUUUUUGCUUCAAAAUGAAGGAAAGAACUCAAGCCCGGUUAUGGUGUCGUUAUCCACUUUUUCCGCAUCUGACGUCGCAAUUGGAGCCAAAUGUCUUUUUUACAAGGCCGCUAAUACUGAGAAUGGAGCUUCUCUGCGUCGCUACAAUGUAUGCGAAAACAAUGCAUUGUUUGACUCGGAGGUGUUUGAAGGGAAUGAGGGGUCUUUUUUUUUCAAUCUGCUCCCCACAGAGCGCCUGCAGAUGACUCUUUCUUCACGUGUACCAAGCAGCUUUAGGAUUGGAAUAUCAUCCGUGGAGAAUGUCACCGCGAUUCAGCUCCCAGACAUUAUGACUUCGUCCACUUUGUCUGCAAAGUGGAACACGUUCUUUAAGGCAAAGCGUUUUUCUGACGAUAUAUUUCAGCUUAACAGGAUUAGUGGUGGAAUCACUGUUAGUCUUGUACUUGCUCUCUCUCAAACCACUGGCAACAGCCCUCCUUUCCCGCUCGGAGUUCUUGGUUGGAAGGGUACUUCUAUCGACAUUGUCGAUGCAGCCAAUCCACAUUUUUCCACACAACAGGAAAGGAGCACUGUCUGCGUACAUAGCUUCCUGCUUACUCUCGGUGCUGGUGAAAGCGUCUUUAUCCUUCCUUAUUGCUGUGGAAACCGAUGUCCUGAUGAUUAUGAUCUUACGGUUUUCUGCAAGGAAAGCUUUACGCAGAGCAGAGUGAAAACGGCCUCUGUGCUACGAUGUACAAAGACCUGA